AUGCAGCAAUUCCAGACAUCCAUUGUCGCCAUUCUCAUUCCGUCAUCGGUCAGACGACUGAAUGACAGCAGCUACAUUUCGAACUUGUACGAUCCUUAUACGGGUAUUGUCUGUUGUGAGGUAGAGAUACCUAGCACAAUGUAUGAGGCCCAAGUGCCAUUGCUAACAACGUUUGCCCACUUUGUGUUCUUGACCGGUAACUUCAUGCCACGCACCAUCAUGGCGGAUUUUUUGGGUUUGGUGCCCGACACGCGACUUCGUCUCUUCGCCAGAUCUCUCUUUGUGCUUCCCAAUACCAUGCCAGCUACCAUCAAUGAGGAUAUGGUGGGUCAUGCCUUUGCACGUGACACCGGUACACCACCCUCGCUACCACCAUCACCCACUCCACCACCACCUUCACCUUCACCCUCCCCUUCACCACCAUUACCACCACCUUCACUAACCUCCCCUUCACCACCUCCGCGUCCAUCUCCUCCUCCAUCACGUUCUCCUUCCGCCGCUCCAUCAUCACCAUCAUCACAAUCUUCACAAGGAAAUAGACCAAGAAAAAGAACGCUGCAUGACCCUGUAACGGGUCGAUUUAAAAAAUCUAAACCUGACAACCAGUCAAACCAGGCCGCCAUGGUAGAAUUUUUAAAGCGUUUUGGCCCUCCUCCUCCUCCCCCAUCUCCUCCACCUCCCACUGUAUAA